CUGAUGAUAGUUUUAACACGUCAUCAAAAUGCUCCCUCCCCCUAUCCAUUAGCUUAGCUGCUGCUCUCUGCUCUGCUCCUCCCACCAUAGCUGCGAAUCCGAAGCUCGCUACUCGAACGCUUAAUCACAUACCGCCAUUUUCCCGCCAUUUUUUUCAAACCUUUUUUGUUUCCCCUGAGAAACAGGUGGAGGCAAUGAAACUGGAGCCGGCACUCUGAACGAGGUCAAAGUAGAAAGCGAGAAUUCCGGGCGGAAAUGGAGUGCAUCGGAGCUCUGAACUUCUCUGCAAUGGCGCUCUCCACGUGUCCUGCGGUGAAAUCAUUCUGUAGGAGGAGGUUGAGGGGUGAAAGGCACGGGGUUUGGCCUGUACGUACGGAAAAUUGUACGUAUAUAUCGACUUCGGCGGCAGCGGCGGCGGCAGUGGCGACUCUACGAGUGAGGUGCAAGAGCAGUGGUAGUACCAGUGCUGGCGUGGCGGUGAGAGAAGAGUUUGCGGACGAGGAGGAUUAUGUAAAAGCCGGCGGUUCGGAGAUUUUGUUUGUUCAAAUGCAACAGAACAAGCACAUGGAUGAACAGUCUAAGCUUCUGGACACGUUGCCACAAAUAUCAGUAGGAGAAGACAUCUUGGACUUGGUAGUGAUUGGCUGCGGUCCUGCUGGCCUUGCGCUUGCUGCGGAGUCAGCUAAGAUAGGCUUGAAUGUGGGGCUCAUUGGCCCUGAUCUUCCUUUCACAAAUAACUAUGGGGUCUGGGAAGAUGAAUUCAAAGAUCUUGGGCUUCAGAGAUGCAUUGAACAUGUUUGGCGGGAUACCAUUGUAUAUCUUGAUGAUGGAGAUCCUAUUCUUAUUGGCCGUGCUUAUGGACGUGUUAGUCGCCAUUUGCUCCAUGAGGAGUUGUUGAAAAGGUGUUUGGAGUCAGGGGUUUCAUAUCUUAACUUGAAAGUGGAAAGGAUUGUUGAGAAUGCAAUUGGUCAGAGUCUUGUGGAAUGUGAAGGCAAUGUCAUCAUUCCAUGCAGGCUAGUUACUGUCGCAUCUGGAGCCGCCUCAGGGAAAUUGUUGCAGUAUGAGGUUGGGGGUCCAAGGGUUUCUGUUCAAACAGCUUAUGGUGUGGAGGUUGAGGUGGAAAACAAUCCAUAUGACCCCAGCCUGAUGGUUUUCAUGGAUUACAGAGACUAUGUCAGACACAAAGUUCACUCUUUAGAAGCAGAAUUUCCAACCUUUCUUUACGCAAUGCCCAUGUCUGAUACAAGAGUCUUUUUUGAGGAAACUUGUUUGGCUUCAAAAGAAGCUAUGCCUUUUGAUCUCUUGAAGAACAAACUAAUGUUAAGACUGGAGACAAUGGGUAUCCGAAUAAAGAAAAUUUAUGAAGAGGAAUGGUCUUAUAUACCAGUUGGUGGAUCCUUGCCAAAUACUGAUCAAAGAAACCUUGCAUUUGGUGCUGCUGCUAGUAUGGUUCAUCCCGCUACAGGGUAUUCGGUGGUAAGAUCAUUGUCAGAGGCUCCAAGAUAUGCAUCUGUCAUAGCAAAUAUUUUGAAACGAAGUCCUGCUAUGGAUGAUAUGCUUGUCAGUUUAAGAAGUACGGAAAAUAUUUCAACACAAGCUUGGGAAACGCUUUGGCCGCAAGAAAGGAAACGACAAAGAUCAUUUUUCCUAUUUGGUUUGGCACUUAUAUUGCAGCUUGAUAUUGAAGGAAUACGAACAUUUUUCCACACAUUCUUCCGCUUACCAAACUGGAUGUGGCAAGGAUUUCUGGGAUCAACUCUAUCCUCAGCGGACCUCAUGUUAUUUGCAUUUUAUAUGUUUGUUAUUGCCCCCAACGACAUGAGAAAAUGCCUCAUCAGACAUCUGAUAUCUGACCCAACUGGUGCAAUCAUGAUAAGAACUUAUCUCACUCUGUAAAUCCAUAUUUCUAGUCGAUGUUAUAUUAUAGAAUAGAUAUAUAGAAACCAUGUGUAGAGGCCAUGUAUCCACUUCAGAGGUUUCCAAUUC